AUUGUGUACACACGGAAGAUGAUGGCAGAUUUCCGUACUGUUAAAGGGACCACAGUCAUACGUGGAUAGAGUGGGGUUGCGGGAGACAGCGACAGCGGUAGCUAAGAGCAGCCAGCAACGUUGUGCAUUUUCCUCGUCGUUUUUACAUAACGAUAACAGCGAGUUAGCAAAACAUAUUGACAUCAGCAUAAGUCAGGCGCUAGUCUCGCCUUUUAUAAAGUUGAGACUGAGUCUGGUUGACCAACACAAUUGCAAGUGAAGAUAUCUUCCCGCAGAAUUUACCCAGCUAACCUUAGCCUCAAGCUAGCAACACCGUCUUGGAGAAAAGAGCAUAGCAGCGGGUCUACGAACCGGCCGCAACCGUGGAGGCGGCAGUGCCCCCGCUCCAGUGUGAAUGAGGGUGUCAUGGCGGACCACAGCCCCUCUCUGGACUCCGGCCAGCUGCUCACCGCUGACCUCCCGCUCCUGGCCCCGCCCCUCCCACCCACCAUGGCCAACGGUGAAGGCCCACAGCAGGUAAUCUUGGUGCAGGUAAACCCAGGGGAGGCCUUCACUAUUCGCCGAGAGGAUGGUCAGUUCCAGUGUAUUACAGGUCCUGCUCAGGUUCCCAUGAUGUCCCCAAAUGGUUCAGUGCCUCCAAUCUAUGUGCCUCCAGGAUACGUUUCACAGAUCAUAGAGGAGAAUGGUGUUCGGCGGGUGCUGGUUUUACCUCAGCCGGAGUACCACCCCGGGGGCCACUCCCCACUGCACGGCCCGCCCCCCCACGCCCACUUGCCGGCCUUCAUCCCCCACCCGGCCAUGAUCCCGCCCCCUCCGCACCCCAUGUACACGGGCGUGGCCGGGGGCGUGGCCGACCUGAGCUCCCAGUACAUCCCCCAGUACCAUGCUGCCCACAUCUACUCAGAGCAAGUUCCGGGAGAUCCCCACGCUCCGCACGGGAGGCAGCCGCUGGUGCACCGGGACGAGAGGACCAACAAGGCCUACGAGCGUCUGCAACGCAAGCUGAAGGAGCGCCAGACCGGAGGAGGAGGCGGGGGAGGCGGGGGGGGAGGUGCCAAGGACAGGCCCAGCAGCCCCCCUCCCUCGCCGCAGAAGAACCACUGCGCGCCCCCCUCCCCCGACGUGCCCAACGGGGUGGAGGGCAAGGCCGAGCCCGAGCAGAGCCAGCCCGUCGCCACGGCAACCGCCAGGGGCAAGCAGCCGGGCAAGGCGGCCAAACCCGGGCCCUGCGUCGAGGCCGAGACCGAAGAGCUGGAUGAAGAGGCAGAGACACUCAAAUCUCUUCUGUCCACUAUCGGCAAGCCAGAGGUGCUGGAGGUCCAGGCCCGGACGGUGCAGCUGAAGUGGGCCGUCCCGGCAGCGCCGGGGGACGGGGAAACCCCGGAGGUCCAGAAGAGCCCGGGACCCUUCAGCUACGAGCUCUCCCUGUCCAGCAGCGGCAAGGACGGCAAGUACAAGCCUGCCUACAGUGGCCAAGAACUAAGUGCAACAGCGGAGGACCUAAGACCGGCGACAGACUACCAUGCCAGAGUCCAGGCCAUGUGCCGCGGUGUACAGGGUAGUGUGUCGGAGGCUGUCAGCUUCAACACGCUCAGCUGUGAACCCGAUGCCCCCAGCCCCCCCAGAAAGAGCAGCGGGACCAAGAGCGCCCUCACCCUGCAGUGGAAGGCUCCCUGUGACAACGGCUCCAAAAUCCAAAACUACGUCCUGCAGUGGGAUGAGGGUAAAGGUACAGGGACUUUUGAGCAGUGUUACUACGGACCCCAGAAGCAGUAUCGGGUGAAGCUUUCUCCAGCGUCCAGAUACUCCUUCCGCCUGGCAGCCAAGAACCAGAUGGGCACCAGUGUGUUCAGCGAGGCGGUGGCUCUCUUCACGUCGGGCAGUGUCCCUGCGGUGCCGGUGGCCCCGGAGCUGGUCCAGACCGGAGUGACCUGGCUCUGCCUGCGCUGGCAGCGCCCGCCCAGCUCCCCCGAGGACGACAUCUUCUACAUCCUGGACAUGGAGGAGGAGGGCUCGGGCUAUGGGUUCCAGCCUCGGUACGAUGGUGAGGAGCUGUCCUGCACAGUGAAGGGUCUGCACAGGAGCACCAGGCACAGGUUCAGGGUGUUGGCGUACAACGCGGAGGGGAAGAGCAACCCCAGCCAGGUGUCAGAGUUCAGCACCUGCCCCGACUCUCCCAGAAACCCCUGCAGGCUUGCCCUCAGGGGCAAAGUGCACCCCAACAGCUUCAAGAUGUCCUGGGAGCCUCCUAGCGAUAACGGAGGAUCAGAAAUCACAGAUUACGUUGUGGAGAUAUCGGAAGGAUCAAACGGUGCCUUGUGGGAGCUGGUGUACAGAGGCUCCGCCCUGGAGUGUGUUUGUGACGGGCUGAAGCCUGGCUGCUCCUACCAGACGAGGGUCUACUGCAUCAGUCAGGGAGGCCAGAGCCCACUGUCGGACACCCUGCAGGUACACACCCCCGCCGUGCCCCCCGGGCCCUCUCCCCCUAGGGUGGUGGGCCGCCCCAAAGCCAGGGAGCUGCAGCUACGCUGGGGGCCCCCCCUGGUGGAUGGAGGGUGCACGGUGUCCUGCUACAGUCUGGAAGUGGGGGAGGCGCAGGAUGAGCACAGGGAGGUGUACCAGGGGGCGGAGCUGGACUGCACCGUCACCAGCCUGCUGCCCGGGAAGAGCUACAGCUUCCGCCUGAGAGCCGCCAACAAGGCCGGGUACGGGCCAUACUCGGAGCGCUGUGAGGUGACCACCGGCCCCGGGGCCCCAGAAGCGUGCAGGGCCCCCCAUGUGACGUGUAGAUCCCCCACCUGCGCUGUCAUGAGUUGGGAGAGCCCACCCUGUAACGGGGCCCAGGUGUCGGAGUUCCGGCUGGAGUGGGGCGCGGCUGAGGGAAGCAUGCAGGUGUGCUACUCCGGGGCGGGGCUGAGCCACGAGAUGAAGGGCCUGAAUCCUGCCUCCAUCUACUUCUGCAGGGUGCAGGCGGUGAACGUGGCGGGGGCGGGGCCCUUCAGUGAGGUCACGCUGUGUCAGAUGCCCUGCUCUGUGCCAGCGGCCGUCAGCAGUGUGCAGGCCCUGAAGGAGGGGGAGUGGAGCCGCACGCAGGAGGAGGACGAGGAGGAGGAAGAGGAGGAGGAGGGCGAGGCGGGCUCCCUGUGCCCCUCGUCCUGCCUGGGCCUGCGCUGGGAUCCCCCCUGUGAUAAUGGGGCGGAGAUCACCGCCUACCUGAUCGACCUGGGGGAGCGGCAGCCCAUCUCUGUGGGGCCCGUCACCAGACACGUCAUCUGUCACCUGCAGCCCGACACCAGCUACAGGAUACGAAUCCAGGCCCUGAACAGCCUGGGGGCGGGGCCCUUCAGCCACACCCUGAAGCUGAAGACGAAGCCCCUCCCCCCGCGGCCCCCGCGCCUGGAGUGCACCGUGUUCAGCCACCAGACGCUGCGGCUGAAGUGGGGGGAGGGGCCGGCCAAGGCCACGCCCUCCGACUCACUCCAAUACCACCUGCAAAUGGAGGACAAGCUCGGGAGGUUCAUAUCCUUAUACAGAGGACCAUGCCACACUCACAAAGUCCAGAGGCUUUCGGAGUCUACCUCUUACACCUUCCGCAUCCAGGCCUUUAACGAAGCCGGAGAGGGCCCCUUCUCCCCCGUCUACACCUUCACCACGCCCCUGUCUCCCCCUGCCCCGCUCAAAGCUCCCAGAAUCGAGCGGUUGGAUGACCACGCCUGUGAGGUGAGCUGGGAGCCCAUGCCACCCAUGAAGGGAGACCCCAUCAUCUACAUCCUGCAGUGCAUGAUGGGAAACUCCGACUUCAAACAGGUGUAUAAGGGCCCUGCCACGUCCUACCAGGUGUCGGGGCUGCAGCCCAGCUGUGACCACCGUUUCAGAGUGUGCGCUAUCCGCCAGUGCCAAAGCCCCCCCGACCUGACCGGCCCCUACAGCGCCACCGUCACCCUGACCACCCAGCGCACCGAGGGGGCGGGGCCCGCGGGCGGGGCCGCGGCAGGGGCGGGGCCCCGAGGGGGCGGGGCGGAGGCGGGGUGGGCGCGGCCCAGCCUGACGGACGAGCAGUGCGCCGCCCUCAUCCUGCUGCUCUUCGCCGUCCUCUCCAUCCUCAUCGCCUUCGUCAUCCAGUACUUCGUCAUCCAGUGAGCCUCUGUCCCCCGCCCGCGUCCCCGGCUCCGCCACUAACAGUCUGGAGGGGAGCAGCUGAGGUACCAGCGCUAACGGCUAACGGCACCGGCACUUAAUCACCGUUCAACCACACCUUGCAGGGCCCCACUCGGAAAAAAGAAAAGAAAGAGAGACCCCCCUUCAAGCACCCCUCCCCCCCUUUCUUUUUUCCUCUCACUCUUUUUGUUUCACUCGCCCCUUAUUCCUCCUCUCUCCUGCCCUUGCACACGGCCUCGUUUUUCCCACCCGCUGGGGCUUCGCUGGGAGCAUGGCAGAGGUUGUGCUACGUUCUAUGACAUCACUUCCUGUCUGUGGGGAGGCUUCUAUGCUCCCCGCUGGUGGCUGGUAGUUCUCUAAAAAAAAUUUAAAUUUCUUUUCUUCGUAAAAGAAAUCUAAAAAUGAAACACAAAUUCAGGUUAUCUCUAUAUAUACAUGUAGAUUUAUACAUAAUACUACAGACGGUUUUGUCGACCAUAUAAAUGUAUGAACUUAUCCUUUUAUUUAGCUUUUAAUUUUAUUUGUUAAAGUUUGGUAAGGAACUGUUCUAAGUUUGAUUUGCUGUCCCAAAAAAAAGAACAAAAAAAGAAAUUUUUUGGUUUCUGUGGUCUUUUUUUUUUUUUUUUUUUUUUUUUUUUUUUGUGAAAUAUUUGAUGUUGUACUACAUUGAGACCCAGAGCCCAGUGUUGCCAGCUGUCAUUUCCUGGGAAACAAUUGCCCAGGUGUGUACCUGCACAGGUAUGCUGACCAGGUGUGUACCUGCACAGAUAAACUGGCCAGGUAUGUACCUGCGCAGGUAAGCUGGCCAGGUAUGUACCUGCGCAGGUAAGCUGGCCAGGUGUGUACCUGCACAGAUAAACUGGCCAGGUGUGUACCUGCACAGAUAAACUGGCCAGGUGUGUACCUGCGCAGGUAUGCUGACCAGGUGUGUACCUGCACAGAUAAACUGGCCAGGUGUGUACCUGCGCAGGUAAGCUGGCCAGGUGUGUACCUGCGCAGGUAAGCUGGCCAGGUGUGUACCUGCGUAGGUAAGCUGGCCAGGUGUGUACCUGCGUAGGUAAGCUGGCCAGGUGUGUACCUGCGCAGGUAAGCUGACCAGGUGUGUACCUGCGCAGGUAAGCUGACCAGGUGUGUACCUGGAAUUUCUCAUCACAAAGGGAGAUUUCUCCCUGGAUAUAAAAAUGUAAAAAAGCAAAACUUCUCCUUAGUAUUAUAGAACUCAUGUUUAGCACUUUCCAACCUUUUACGAGUUCAUAAUGUGAGAGGAUGCAAGAAUGACUGAAGGAAAACAUUUUAGUAUAUUUUUGUAUAGUAUAGGCACAUGGACCGUUUCAAUCAAGGCAUUUUGCUGAGUUACUUGCUUAGGGGAUAGAAAAUGAAUUGAACUAAAUUAUAAACUAUAGCUAUAGCUUAUUUUAAAAUUCAUCAUGUCGCUUCUUUGCUCUGAAAUAUCGUGUUCAGCACAAAAAUGAAAUGUACGCUUACAGACGUCUCCCUUUGAGUCACUGAGUUUGCACCUUAAAGACAAAACCGAGGGAAUGCAUGUUGUUCACGUGAAAACGUUUGAUUGAACAUUUUGUCAGGUCAUGCAAUCUCUAAUCGUGUGUUGUGAGAUUUUUAAGAUUGUAGCGCCACCACAUUUGUUGGAAAACGAUAAUACUUUACGAAAAUGAAAAUAAAAUUUACAGUUCGUUUCAAAAACCUUCAUGAUUCAAAUCAAGUGAUUAGUUGAUUUUCUAUGUGUUUUGUUUUGCUUUUGUUUUAGGUUUUUAGAAAGCACUCAAUUUUGUGCUAUUCUUUUUUCUUUUAGCAGUGAUUGUUUUGUGUAUUCAUUUGAAUGACACUUUUCCAUAAUGAAAGUAUAUUACUUUUAGAAAUCUAUAUUCAUUUUCUGUUUUAAUUUAGUUUUGUUUUGGGGGGUUAUGUGUAAAAUCUAUAUUUUUUUACGGUAAAGGAAAUACAGUUUAAGUUGAUUCUAUCCAGACGAAAUAAAACAUUGAAUAAAAACUCGUGAAUUGUGAGAAGCAAGCGGCGGUUAGCGUUUUCUGAAAUGUGUUUACUAUACAUGUACUUCCUGUAAAUUCAGAUAUUGCCUCCUUUUUUCAGUGUGAAGUCUUUGUCAUUGAUUGCAAACAGCCAGUAAUGACUUUAGAGGUCUGGCAGGUAUGGUUUAGUGUUGUGUUUGGCUGCGGACAGAUUUGUUUAUUGCUAUUGCAACCGUUAAAAAAGAAAAAAGAAAAAAAAAAAGAUGCACAGGUACCUUGUACUGUAAGAUGUGUUGGGAAAGGAUUAAAAUGUUUUUGGUCUAUCCGAUAUUCUGCAAAUGGCUUCUCUUUGUCAUAGUAAACUCAAAUUCCUAUUUUUGAUAGCGAUUUAAAUGUAAUUUCAACUUGUGCCAUUUGAAUCUCCCGCUAUGGCAGGCCUCUGCUGUUUGCUGGGAAGAUAAAGAGCUGGAAAAAAGAUAAAAUACGAAAAAAAGAGACCAUAUUUAUGUAAUUUUAAUGUUUGCAGUUACCUCAUACACUUUACAUUCCAAAAAAAAUAAUCAAAAAUCAAAACUGUAAGAUGUAAGACUUCGUAAUGAAAAAAUGUAUAAUCUCGUAAAGAUGUAUCUAAAGUGUAACUCUAUAGCCAUGAUAUCUACUGAAGGAUCCAUGCACAAUAAAAGAUCUAUAAUUCUUA